UUCAUGUGGUAAAUGUAAAUAUUGGAGGUUCUGGAUCAGUACAGUUAAAGAAUAUUCACGAAUAUUAAACAGUAAAAUCUUCUGCUUACAGUUAUUUUAUCCGCUACAUAACAUCCGUGGAUUAUCUGCCGUUGUUUUCCGUGUGAAUUUCAGUGAAUACGCGAAGGACAGAGAGGUUUACAAUGUCAGAGAGUAAAAUCUGUCUCAUUUAUUGACAGAGUUUUAUUAAGUUGUAGCUAACUGUCAUGUUACCAUCCAUCCGUCGGGGGAUAUGGAGAGCUGCUGCACACACAUUAAACAUCAGACUGACUCCACCUCACAGACGCCUCUGCACCGGUGAUGGAGGUCCAGCUGGACUGGCUGAUGCCCAGACCGUCUUUGCGUUGUCGUCUGGUUACGGCAGGUGUGGGGUCGCCGUUAUACGGGUCAGUGGUCCGGCCUCGAUGACAGCCCUGAGGUCUAUGGCCGGACUCAAACACAGGCUGCCCCCCCCACGCACUGCCCUGUUACGCAGCAUCACAGACCCCCGAACGGAAGAAGUCCUGGACCGGGGUCUGGUUCUCUGGUUCCCAGGUCCACACAGUUUUACAGGAGAGGACAGUGCGGAGUUCCACGUCCACGGCGGUCCGGCCGUUAUCGCUGCCGUCCUACAGGCUCUAGGAAGCGUGCCUGGCAUGAGGCCUGCUGAGGCUGGAGAGUUCACCAGGAGGGCCUUUCAAGCAGGGAAACUUGGCUUAACAGAGGUGGAGGGUCUCGGCGAUCUGAUCCACGCCGAGACCGAGGCCCAGAGGAGGCAGGCGCUGCGGCAGAUGUCAGGAGAACUGGGACGCCUUUACCAGGACUGGAGCCGCAAACUGAAACGGUGCCUGGCCCACGUCGAGGCCUUCAUAGACUUCAGUGAGGAUGAGCUCAUCGAGGACGGGGUCUUAAACCAGGUGGACACAUCUGUCUUGAAUCUCCAAACCGAGAUCGAGCGACACCUCAAAGAUGAGCGGAGGGGUGAGCGUCUUCGCAGCGGCGUCCAGGUGGUCAUCGCCGGAGCCACCAACGCAGGGAAAAGCAGCCUCCUGAACACACUGUGCCAGAGACCUGCAGCCAUCGUGUCUCCAAUCGCCGGGACAACCAGGGAUGUUGUGGAGACGGCCUUAGACGUCGGCGGCUUCCCCAUCCUCUUGAGCGACACGGCCGGACUCAGAGACAGUCCAGACCUGGUGGAGAGGGAGGGGGUCCGCCGGGCCCGGGAGAGGGUGGAACAGGCGGAUCUGACUCUGGUGGUCGUGGACGGUUCUCAUCUUCCUCCUGAUGAUGGAGAGGCUGCAGUCUUCCUCCAGGACCACCUCAGUGGGGUCCUUCCCACUCAGGACCAGUCACACACAGACAGAUGUCUUCUGGUUCUGAAUAAAGUCGACCUGCUGACGGAGGAGACCAAGCAGAAGCUGGAGGCAGAUCUGAGUCGGGUCCCUGGACUCCCCCCACUCUGUUUCAUCUCCUGCCACACGAAUGAAGGACUUCAGCACUUCCUCACUGAGCUGCACAACAGAGUCAAGACGCUGUGUGGUGACCCUCUGUCCGGCGCCCCCACCCUGACCCAGGCCCGCCACAGGGCCCACCUGCAGCAGUGCGUGGCGGCCCUGGCUCAGUAUCAGCGAUACCGUGACGCAGACCUGGCUCUGGCGGCCGAGGGCGUCCGGCUGGCGCUCACCGGCCUGGGCAGGAUCACCGGACGGGUCGGAGCAGAAGAGAUCCUGGAUAUCAUCUUCAAAGACUUCUGCAUCGGGAAAUAGUGAGACGAGCAGCGGCCCAAACAUGAAAAUACAGCAGUAAUAAUAGUACCCGGCUCAGAGAGGAAGGCUGCGGUCCCAGAGUAUCAGUAAAGAAAAACAGACAAAAAGCCCCGGCGGCGUGCCAGGCUUCGAGGCACAGCAAGAGUGAAAAGAAUUGAAAUCCUCCCAAGACGCACAAAUGUUUGUUUUCUGUUGGCGCUUUUUAACCGACUGAAAUAGUUUAGCGUGAUGACAGGUGCCUCAGAGGCCUCGUACGCUGGACAAGUGUUCACAGAGUUGAACUGUACUUUAAAAAUAGUCAUCAAAAGCCUUUGAUUGGUGGAUAUGAGACUCUGGGGGUCAGACAUUCACAGCCAGAUGAAGAUUUAUGUUUCAGAAUAAGGCCAGCUGCAGACAUCUGCAAGGCCACAAACACACUGUGUUUACGCAGACGGCAGUUACAUGGACAGACACCUGGAGGGAUGGAAAUAGCAUCAGCCUUUCAUUUGUCUGUAAGUCAGUAAGAUGUUUCCAGAAUAAAAUAAAAGUAGUGACAUUUUUACCAUGUGUGAGUCACUGAUAAUGAAAAAUCCAGUCCUAAAUGCUGGUUGGCUGAAGUUUCCAAGAUACAGUCUGGGGUCAAAAUGUGAAAUUUGAGAAUAAUGACAAAAUGGGUUUUUAUUCUAAGGAAUAUUAGUGUCAGAGCUACCAGAUCUACUUCAAAACACUGUCUGCACAUGACAAGACAUUGACUUUACAGGUUCUAAAUAGUGGAACAUUUAUAAAUCUAUUAUAAAAAUGUACAGAAAUCUGUAUAUAUGUGUAAUAAUAUUUUAUCAUGUAGCUUGAAAACAUCAGCAAACCAGCAUUUUUGUCAUUUGUUUUCCUAUUAAAAUACGUAACAUUUCAUACAUUUACUCUCUGAGGCAGACAAGUUCUUAAAAAAACCAAACUUGUAGACCAGUGUUAUCAGACAGUGUGGUCUGUACCUCACACUGCUGCUGUUUAUGCCAAAAAUAAAUCUGAUUUAUUUCAUGAACCUGUGUUUUCAUAUGAGUGGUUUGUUUUUGCUUGUGGUCACAUUAGGUUUG